UUUUGUGGCCCUACCCCAGAGCUCCUGCCAGUUUGGGCAGCCCCAGGUGGUGAAUCCCCACCAUUGCUGAGACCUGGGGGGUCCAGUCCACAUCCACCCAACCGCAUCUCACCCCAUGCCCGUCCCUUGCAGAGAUGGACCCCAGAAAAGCGCCUAAAUACCUCAUCUCUGCCGGGUGCCGCAUCCUCACCAUCGCCUUUGCCCUGCUCAUCUUGGGGGUCCUGACAUGGGCCUAUGUGGCUGGGAUCCAGCUGGUGGCCGACCAGUAUCGGAUCAUGGCCUUCGGCCUCUAUGGAGUCUUCCUCGCCGCCCACCUGGUCAUCCAGAGCUUCUUCGCCUCUCUGGAGCACCGGCAGAUGAGGAGGGUGUCGGCCUGUAGCUACACCAAGACGGUGGCGUUGACCAUCUCGGCCUACCAAGAAGACCCCUCCUACCUCUGGCAGUGCCUGGAGUCGGUGCGGGCCACCCAGUACCCCCCAGAGAAGCUGCGGAUCCUCAUGGUGAUCGACGGCAACAGCCCCGACGACCGCUACAUGAUGGACAUGUUCCAGGAGGUCUUCGCCGGCGAGGACGUGGGCACCUAUGUCUGGGAGAACAACUACCACCAGCAGCCCCCACUGGAGGGCGAAGAGGGGGGCAGUGGCUCCCAGGGGGCAGGAGGGGAGGAGCCUGGACUCUACACUGAGGUGGAGAUGGUGGACCCGGGCCAGCUGGUGGUGGAGGAGUUAAUCCGCUCCAGGCGAUGCGUCUGCAUCAUGCAGCGAUGGGGCGGGAAGCGGGAGGUGAUGUACACGGCCUUCAGGGCGCUGGGCAACUCGGUGGACUUUAUCCAGGUGUGCGACUCAGACACCAAGCUGGACCCCAGUGCCACAGUGGAGAUGCUGAAGGUGUUGGAGGCCAACAAGCACUACGGAGCCGUGGGGAGCGACGUGCGGAUCCUCAACGUCUCUGACUCCUUCAUCAGCUUCAUGAGCAGCCUGCGCUACUGGAUGGCCUUCAACGUGGAUUGUGCCUGCCAGUCCUAUUUCUACUGCAUCUCCUGUAUCAGCGGGCCCCUGGCUUGUGAACUGUACAGCCAGUCUCUCCGCUGGCACAUGGGGCGAUCGAAGGGCUACCACCAGGGCAGUGCUAGAGCUAACUGCCUGCGCCAGCCCCACGCUGCUAAACAGCGUUGA